AUGUUUGUGACAAAAAUUUCAAAAGACAUUGGAUUAUAUUUGAUGGCGACAUUGAUCCAGAAUGGAAAUUCUAUAUUGGAUGAUAAACGGUCAUUAACUCUUCCUAAUGGUGAAUGCUUAAAUCUUCCAACUAACGUCCGCAUUAUGUUUGAAUUAGUAAAUGUAAAAUGUGCUCCAUCAGUUACCAUCAGUCGUUGUGGCACUGUGUGGUUCUCAUCGGAAGUAGUUACCCUUGAAAUGAUUUAUUAUAAUUAUUUGGAAAAAUUAAAUACAUUCCUUUGGAUGAUGACAAAGAAGAAUAAACAUAUGACUAAAGAUGGAUUAGUUACGAGAACUCUUAUGCAAGCAGAAAAAUUCAAUCAUGUUAUGGACUUUACUUAUAUGCGAGCACUUAAUACACUAUUUUCAUUACUAAACAAAACUGUUAGUAAUGUAAUUGAAUAUCACGUACAAAAUCCUAAUUUUCCAAUGAUAACAGAACAUCUAGAGAGAUAUGUGACAAAACGACUAAUUCUUUGUGUUAUUUGGAGCUUCUCUGGAGAUGCUAAAUUUGAUCAUUGUGUUGAGUUAUGCAAAUUUGUUCGUGGAAUAAGUAAAGUCGAUUUACCUAAUGUAUCAACGAUAGUUGAUUAUUAUGUUCAAAUUAAUAAUGGUGAAUGGAUAUUAUGGGCUGACAAAGUCCCAACCAUUAAAAUUGAAUCUUUUAACUUAUCUGAAAAUGAUGUGAUCGUUCAUACAGUCGAUACCAUCCGUUACCAAGACAUAUUAUACUCCUGGCUUUCAGACCACAAACCUCUUUUAUUAUGUGGCCCACCUGGUCUUAAUUUUUCUAAUGUUACUACACCCGAAUCAAUUUUAAAAAUAUUCGAUCAAUAUUGUGAAUAUCGUAAGACUCCAAAUGGUGUUAUUUUGUCACCCAUUGCCAUUGGUUACAUGCUAGUAAUAAUUUGUAAUGAAAUUAAUCUUUCUGUAACUGAUCAUUAUGGUACUCAAAGCGUAAUCUCUUUUUUAAGACAAUUGAUUGAAUGUGAUUGUUAUUGGAGUAUGUCAGAUAGAACAUGGGUCAAGUUAGAACGAAUACAAUUUGUGGGAAACCCUUGCUUGUGCCAUGUUAAAGUUGUUCCUUCACUUAAAGAAUAUGCUGAACCAUUGACAGCUUCGAUUGUUGAAUUUUAUCUUAUGAUUAAAAAACAGUUUACUCCAGAUAUUCAAUCCCAUUAUAUUUACUCUCCCCGUGAAUUGACUAAAUGGAUGAGAGGUAUAUUCGUAUCAAUUAAACCUAUGAAAGUUCUUAAUAUUGAAGAUUUGAUACGUAUUUGGGCACAUGAAGCUUUGCGAUUAUUCCAAGACCGUUUUGUCACUAAUGAAGAAAGGAAAUGGGUGGACGAAAAAAUUGAUUACACUGCUAUAAAAUAUUUUCCAAACUUGAAAAAAUCAGAAGCUUUGCAUCGUCCAAUUUUAUUCUCUAACUGGCUAUCCAAACACUAUAUCUCUGUUGAAUAUGAAGAUUUACAUGAUUAUCUAAAAUCUCGUCUCGAAAUCUUUAAUAAAGAAUUAGACGUCUCAUUAAUUUUGUUUGAUGAUUUCAUCGAUCAUGUUCUCCACAUUGAUCAUGUAUUUAAACAAAUGCAAGGACACUUACUUUUAAUUGGUAUAAGUGGAUCCGGUAAGACUAUUUUGUCUAGAUUUGUUGCUUGGAUGAAUGGAUUAAGUGUUUUCCAAAUUAAUGCGCAUAACAAGUAUACUAGUGAUGAUUUUGAUAAUGAUUUAAGAACAGUCUUAAAAAGGGCUGGCUGUAAAGAGGAAAAAAUUUGUUCUAUAAAAAAUGAAUCAAACAUGUCAUGUUCAAGCUUUUUAGAGCGUAUGAAUACGCUCCUUGUUAAUGCUGAUGUUCUUGGAUUAUUCAAGAAUGAUGAGUAUAAUGCUUUAAUAACAAGUUGUAAAGAAGGAUCUCAGAGAGAUGGGUUAAUGUUAGAAUCUUCAGAAGAAUUAUAUAAAUGGUUCACACAGCAAUUAAUGAAAAAUUUACAUAUUAUAUUUACAAUGAGUCCUCCUGAAGAUGGCCUCGCUUCUCAUGCAGCAAAAUAUCCUGUUCUUUUUAAUUGUUGUGUUUUAGAUAGGUUCGGUGAUUGGUCUGAUCAAACAUUCUUUCAAGUAGGCAUGGAAAUCACCCAAAAUUCGGACUUGGACCUUAAAUCAUAUUUGGCUCCUAGCAAUUUCUCUAUUAUUGAGAAACAUAAAGAUUUUGAGGAACAUCAACGUCAUUUAAACAUUGGAUUAAAUAAAUUAAAAGAAAUUAUUACUACUAUUAAUAGUCUUCGUAACAAUAUGAACAUAAAGUCUAAAGAGCUUCAAGAUCUUCAAGAUCUUCAAGAAAAGGACCAUGAGGUUAAUAAAAUGUUGAAGAAAUUGCUUGACGAUCAACGCGAGCGUCAAGUACUUUUUAUGGAUGAAUUGGGCAAGAUUGAAUUGAAUCUUGAAGAUGCUAAAAAGAGUGUAAGAGGUAUCACAAAACAACAGCUUAUUGAAAUACGUGCAAUGAAUAAUCCUCCUGAGGCAGUGAAAAUGGCAAUGACUUCAGCAAUUGAUAUGCUUGGUCGCAAGGCUGAUAAUUGGCAAGCAGUGCAAUCUAUCAUCCGAAGUGAUGACUUUAUUAGUAGUAUUGUUAAUUAUGAUAUUAAUAAAAUGACUAAAAAUAUAAGAAAAAAAAUUAAAACCAAAUAUCUCACCUUGCCUGCCUAUAAUUUCGUACAAGUAAGCAGAGCUAACAAGGCAUGUGGUCGUUUAGUUAAAUGGGUGAUUGAUUUUGUUAAUUGUAGUCCAAUUAGUUUUAAAGAUAUAGAUGAUUUAAUAACAGCACAACAUCAAACUCAACAUACGAUUGAGAUCCUGCAUCAAAAGGUUAAUCGCUUAGAAAAUGUUAUAGCAGCAUAUAAGGAUCAAUAUGCAGAUUUAAUUAACGAUAAAGAAGCUAUCAAAAUGCAAAAAUGGAAAACUAGUAGUCAAGCACUUGAAUCACAGAUGGAAACAAUUGUAGGUGAUGUAUUGCUUUCGGCAGCACUCCUUGCCUAUGGUGGAUAUUUUGAUCAACAAUACCGUGAGAUAUUAAUCAAAAAAUGGAUGAACCACUUAUUCAAUUCCAAUAUUCAAGUUAAGCAAGAAUUUUCGGUGGCAAAAUAUUUGUCAUUGCCUGAUGAUCGUCUUUCCUGGCAAGCAAAUUCUCUUUUAGUUGAUGAUUUGUUUAUAGAAAAUGCCAUAAUGCUCAAUUUCUUAAAUAACUCAUUUGUCAAGGUUUUGGAAGAUGCUCUUCUAUUUGGUUACCUGUUAAUUGUUCAAGAUGCUGAACAUUUUGAUCCUAUUUUAAAUUCCAUUCUCAACAGAGAAGUGCGCCGUAAUGGUGAUCGUGUCUUAAUAAAAUUGGGAGGACAGUAUAUUGAUUUCUCCCCAUCAUUUACGCUUUUCCUAUUGACUCGUAAUCCUUACUUCAAUUUUUCACCAGACGUAUGCAGCAAAGUAACAUUUGUAAACUUUAGUGCAACACGUAACAGUUUACAAAGUCAAUGUUUCAAUGAAAUACUUAAAGUUGAACAACCUAAUGAGAAUCUGAUACGAACGGAUUUGAUUAAGACUCAAUGUAAACUUAAAUUAGAGCUGAGAUUUUUCGAAAAGUCUCUUUUGCAGGUUUUAAAUGAAUCAGAGGGCAAAAUUUUGGAUGAUGCUAAAAUACAAGAUACAUUGAGGAAAUUGAAACAAAAAGCUACUAAAAUUACUCUCAGAGUUGAACAAAUAGACGAUUAUAUGAAAGAACAUAUAGAACAAUACACACCUUUGGCUUGUGCUUUGACUUUAAAGCGGGUAUCACGAGCUUUGUUACGCGAAGUUUAUGCUAUAUUUGCAAUUUUAUUAUCUCAAAUUAAAUUUCAUGCAUAUCCUGAUCAAAUUGCUGAAACUGAACUUGAAAAUAUAUUUGAUGUCGGUACAUUGAAUAAAAUAAAAGAAUUCAUGGCUCUUCCAUGUUUUAUGAGGAUUAACAAACAUUUUAAUGAGAAUCUCGACGAAUGGGAGCAAUUUAUGAAGUUUGUUGCACCAAAAAAGCAAAUAUCUGAACGUUUGGUUGCUUCUUUACCUCAAACAUCAAUAAUUAAAUAUUUCCGUCCCGAUAAAGUUAUUCCUGCUGUAACUGAACUUUUAUCUAUCACAUUCGAGCCAGGUUUCUCCGUUAAAACUAAAAUUUCUGACUUUAUAUCAUUGGUUUUAAAUGAAGUUCAACUUACAACGCCUAUUUUUUUAUGUUCCGUUCCUGGGAAUGAUGCAAGUUAUUUUUUAGAACAUCGUGUAUUCGAACUCAAAAUUAAAUGUAUGUCUAUUGCCAUGGAUUCUUAUGCAGGUUUAAUCUUAGCUGAUAAAGCUAUUGCAGAUUCAAUUAAGGGAGGAUAUUGGGUUUUAUUGAAAAAGGUUCAUCUAGCCACACCCUGGCUAGAACAUCUUGAAGAGAAGUUGCGUAAUAUGAAAGCACAUAGAAACUUUAGACUUUUUUUUGACAUGGAAAUAAAUUCUAAG